AGACCUCAUCACUUCCCCCUCACCUGAGCCCACGGCAGCCCAGCGCCAUGCCGGGAGCCAGCUGAGCCCGGGCCCCUUCUCAGAGCUCCUGCCCCCCUGCCCCGGACCGCAACCGCUGUCACAGGGCUCCUGCCGUGGGCUCCCCCUGGCACCAAACCCUGCGAGGCAAAGGGGGACGCAGCGCUUCAGCCUCCCACCGCCUGGCAGCGAGCGGCUGCCCCAUCCCUGCCCCGAACCCAGCAGCGCCGGGGGAGGCCUGGCCGGGAGCACGGGCCGCGGCGGGGGGGAUCGGAGGAGGGACCGAGCGAGCCGCCACCCCCGGCCGCACCCGGUUGCCCUGGCGAGGGAGACGCCACGCCGCAGCCUCCGCGCGAACAAAAUGGCGGCGGGCGGCGGGGUCCGGCGAGGCGGGGGCCUGCCCGGGGUGCCGAGAGCGCCCGGCGGCCCCAUGCCGCCCGCCGCCGCGGGGACCGGCGUGCUGAGCAGCGACCUGCUGGCCAGGGAGCAGGAGUACAAGCGACUGAAUGCGGAAUUAGAAGCAAAAACAGAAAAACUGGUGCGUCAGGCUGAAGAAGUAAUGAAAGGCCAACAGGAGAUACUGUCUAGACCAGUGUCAGUACAGACUGUGUUAUCUGAAGAUGACAAACAGAGAGAUCCACUCUGUCCUCAAGUUUCUUCUCUUACACACUCACACAUUAAGCCAGCAAACCAGAAGAAACGUGCUUUCAUGCCCAUGGCUCAGAACAGACCGAACUCUGGAAGUAAGGGGAAAAGAACAACUUCAAGUUCAAAAGUAAGAAACCUGGAAGUACAAAGUGCUGAUGCUGUUGCAGUAAUGGAGGAUUGCACAGAUUUUUCUUUAGCAAAAACAUUAAGCAAAAUUGAAGAAAAACUAGAGAAAGGAGGCUUACCAGAUUGUCUAGAUGAUGAUACUAUUCCAAGUGGAAAUGAAAUUGGAGCAGAAGCUCAAAUAAGAUUUCUUAAGGCAACAUUACGUGUUAUGCAAGAAGAGCUGGCUAGUGUAGCGUGUGAAUGCAGGAAGAAGGAUGAUGAAAAUAGGAAUUUAAAGUCUCGGCUUAAAGAAACCGAAGAAGAAAACGCCCGACUGCAACGAGCCAUCAGUGCACAACGUUCGCAGAGUGAGAAGUACAAAGCGUUGUCUCAAGAAGCAAGCAGAAAAAGUGAAGGGUUACAACAAGAAGUCACGGCGCUAGAAAAGGAAUUGGAGAAUCUAAAGCGUGUACAAAAGCAGGCCGCAACCAGCCAGAGUGCAACAGAGGUUCGCUUAAACAGGGCCCUGGAAGAAGCAGAAAAGUAUAAAGUGGAGCUGAAUAAACUGAAGCAAAGUAACAAGGAUGCAGCUAACCAAGAACUCAAAACUAUUGAAGAAUUAAAAGCAGAGAAAAAGAAACUGCAGAAGCAAAAAGAAGAGCUAAUGACGGGUUUUAAAAAGCAGUUAAAGUUAAUUGAUAUCUUAAAGAGACAAAAGAUGCACAUUGAAGCUGCUAAGAUGCUUUCUUUUACUGAAGAGGAAUUCAUGAAAGCUCUUGAGUGGGGAAAUUAUUGAUUCCAUAAAAACACAACUUCUGUUUGAAGUACAAGUUGGAUGGUACAGUAUUUUGGCACCAUACAGGAAUGCUUGUUAAUAGUUACUACCUGUAUAUCCCAGUGAAUUGAUUUUGUUGAUUUUGCUUAUGUUUAAAUUAAUUUCUAUAAGCCUGAGAGCUUGUGUUGUAUUAUCACAUGAAAUACAAACCUCUGCUGAAGUCUCGGGUCAAACUGUCCAUUCUGUAAUGAGUGGCAAAGCACAGACUGUGCAAGGAAUAUUCCAACAUGUGAACUUUGUUAUCAGUUUGCUUUGUUUUAGCAUUUUAAACUGUACCUUAUCUAAGGUAAUAUUCUGUCCAAAGAAGUCAGGGUUUAGUCUCAGAAAAUUCCUUGUUGGAACAGAAAUAAAUUACCCGGUGAUCCA